AUGUUGUUGUAUGACAUGAGAAUGAAAUUGUUUGUGCUUUUCGUGUUUUUCUCGGUCUUUGUCAUCCAAGCAUCAUCAAGUAGCCCCAACAUCUUGCUAGAAUAUCCACAAAGACAUGAUAAUUCAUCAAUUCUCAUCUGCCAAACUCUAAAAGCCACAAUAAACUUAGAACAAGGCACACAUGACAUCUUACUUGCGAAAAUUGACGACAACAUAAAAGAUUCUGUAGCUGACGACAUAUCAAGGUGCUUGGGCAGUGAAAAUCCAAUGAUUCUUACAGACUUAAGUGUGCCUAUUGUUAAGAAUGGUCUGAACAAAGCAAAACUGAUGAUUAUUGAAGGAUCUGAAGUUAAUUUGGAUAUAACAACGAAACUGGGUCAAAGGAAUUUCAACUCAGCAGUCUGGAACUACAUGGCAAAUGUUCUCCUAAUAUCACACACAACCAUAUCCCAGGAGUUUAUAGCAAAAAUCCUACAUAAUACUACACUUAAUGGAUUUAUUAAUGUUGCACUCAUGCAUAAGGUCAAUGACAAGUUUGAGGUUAAAUACACAGAAACAAUUAUGACUGAACCGGACGAAACUGACAUUCAGCCUUUAUCGAAUGCCAAACAGAACAUUUUUCCUGACAAGAUCAAGAAUUCCAAAGGAUAUCCGAUUCAUAUUCCAGUAUUUCAUCAACCGCCGAUUGUUGAGAUUAAAUCGAGUAUUGUGGUCAGCAAAAUGACAAAGUUUGUGGACAUUCUUGAACAAAAAAUGAAUGCAAGAACAAAUUAUCAUAUUGUGGAUGAUCCACUUGAGAUAAAGACAUAUUUGAGGCAUCGUAAAUUGCAGCUGACUUUAAACAAACUACUUAUUGCACGUCACGCUCCGAAAUUAUUAACAUACGAGGAAAAUGGCUUCUGUGCUUUAAUUCCAAAACCACACAAAACGUCUGUCACGGAAAUAAUCUUCAUUAAGCCAUUCGAUCGACUCGUUUGGAUGAUUCUGGGUUGCUCACUUCUCGCUUGUUUGAUAAUCUGGCGAUUGUUUCUGAACCGUGGAACUUCUGACUCAUUUUGGCUACUUCUGUUCGGCAUGUUUGCAAUGUUUGUUGGUCAAGGCAUUGAAUUUCGUCGGACUCAUCGAGUUGUGCUUAUCAUUCUGCUUCAAUUAAUUGUGUCAAUGAUAUUUGUGCUCAGCAGUGCCUAUCAAGGUGUCAUAACCUCAUUUAUGAUUCAACCAGAAAUUGAAAACAGGAUCAAAACUGUAAAGGAACUAAUUGAGUCUGACAUAAGAAUUUUAAUGUCGGAUCACUUUAUUGGAAUCGUAAAAGAUUCGAAAGAGUUCCAGGCUGUCGAAUCAAGAGUCGAUGUCUUAGAUGCGGAAAAAUUAUUGACAAUAAAAAUGCGUGAAGACAUGAUAGUAAGUUCUAUAGAUCAAAAGUCUGUGAUUAUCAUGCAAUGUGACUGUGUUCGAAGCUUUUUGAACCGAUACGAAACAGCUAAGCCGAAUUACUAUUUGCUGCCACAGAAAAUCAUUUCGACACAUGGACACUUGGCUGUUGGGAAUCAAAAUCCAUUUUUGCAGAAGUUUCAGUACUUGAUGGAUUUGUCAUUUGAAGCUGGCCUGCCACAUGCUUGGAAACUACUUCUAGGUCGGAACUUCGAUGAAGAUACAAAGUCCGAGCAUGAUAUAUGCAACUUACGACUCAAGGAUUUGUCUCAAAUAUUUUAUUUUAUGAUUUUUGGACAUGCCUGUGCUGUUUUUGUAUUUCUGAUUGAAGUUUUCUUUCGAGACUUUAUUGUCAAACUUGACUGGAGCUACUAUGCAUCAAAAUUGAGGAACUUUGUCAAUGAAUUGAGCAAAUUGAAGAUCAAGAAGCAAAUUGUCAUAAAACAAAAGAAAAACAAGUCAUCAGCAAUCAGUCUAAAUAGCUUCAAAAAUGACAAUGAUUUCAUGAAUUCUUUGUGUCAAAACUUGAGAAGAACAAUUGACUUAAAAAAUGGCCCACAUGACAUCUUACUUGCAAGAACUGAUGACAACAUGAUAGAUUCUGUAGUUGAUGACUUAUCAAGCUGCUUGGGUACUGAAAAUGCAGUCGUACUUACAAAUUUAAGCAAGCCAUUCAAUAAUGAUGGACUUAGAAAAGCAAAAUUGAUAAUUAUUGAAGGAACGGAUGUUGAUUUUAACAUGAUUGUUUCAACUUUACGAAUGAACUACGACUCAACAGUUUGGAAUUAUAUGGCGAACUUCCUUUUCAUUUCACACUCCACUAUAUCCCAUCACCUAGCUUCACAUAUUCUGUUUCACACAUCUUUAGCGGGAUAUUUUAAUGUCGCACUCAUGCACAAUGUCAAUGGACAAUUCGAAGUUAAAUACACAGAAACAAUCAUGACUGAGCAAGAUGAAACUAGAGUUAAGACAACAUCGGAUACUAAGAAUGUAUUUUUUUCUGAUAAGAUCAAGAAUUCUAAAGGAUAUCCAAUUCAUAUUCCAGUUUUUAACCAACCGCCUUUUCUGCUGAUUAAGUCUGGCACUGUGAUCAACCAAUUGACCAAGUUUGUGGAAAUUUUAGAGGAUAAGCUAAAUGCUGUCGCAAUUUAUCAUUUCGUACAAGACUCUUCUGACAUUCGAGAUUACUCAAUACAGCGCAAAGCUAACUUGGCAUUAAAUAAAUUGCUCUAUGCACUCAAAACUCCAAAAAUGCUAACAUAUGAGGAAAAUGGCUUCUGUGCUUUGGUUCCAAAAUCAUCAAAAACAGCAAAUACUGAGUUUAUCUUCAAACAGCCAUUCAAUCGAAUCGUUUGGAUGCUUUUAGGCUGCUCUGUUCUGGCAAGCUCAGUGAUUUGGCGAUUGUUCCUUAAUCGUGGAACUUCUGACUCAUUUUGGCUACUUCUGUUCGGCAUGUUUGCAAUGUUUGUCAGUCAAAGCGUUGAAUUUCGUCGGACUCAUCGAGUUGUGCUUGCCAUUUUGCUGCAAUUGAUUGUGUUUAUGAUCUUUGUGCUCAGCAGUGCCUAUCAAGGUAUCAUAACCUCAUUCAUGAUUCAACCAGAAAUUGAAAAUAGGAUCAAAACUGUAAAGGAACUGCUCAACUCGGACAUAAAGCUUUUAGUAACUGAUUAUUUCUUUGAUAUUGUCAAAGAUUCUGUGGAAUUUCAGGCAAUUACUUUUCGGAUGGAGUUACUUAAAUUAGGACUUCCAACAGUCCAUGAAACCAUUUUAAGAGCUGUGUACAGAAAAUCAGCAUUAAUUUUACAGUGCAGCUUUAUUAAUUCUUUUCUUGACUUGUAUAAGGCAGUUAAGAUCAAUUACUACUUGCUGCCACAAAAAAUCAUCACGACUUAUGGACAAUUGGCUGUUGGGAUUAACAAUCCAUUCCUUCAGAAAUUUCAACACUUAAUGGACUUGUCAUUUGAAGCUGGUCUGCCACAAGCAUGGAAUUUAUUUAGUGGAAUGAAUUAUCAUGAAAGCACUGAACUUAGUCAUCAAUUAGAGAACUUGGCGCUUAAGGAUUUGUCACAAAUCUUUUGUUUCUUGAUUUUUGCACAUGCUUUUGCAAUUUUUGUGUAUCUGGCUGAAAAAUUCUUCUGUGACUUCAUUGACAAGCUUGAUUUGAGCCGCUACACAUCAAAGUUGAGGAGCUACAUAAAUGAAUUGACCAAGUUAAAGAAGAAGGAACAAACAAUUCGAAAAAAGAUGAAAAAAGUCAAGAAAUCGAAGAGACAGAAGGCAGAGAAGCCAAAAGUUCGACGAAUUCAAGUUCAACCUGCUGAAUCUGUUGUUUAA